GGGCCGAGGCGGUGCCUCUCCCGGUCUCCUUCUGUCGCGAGUCCCCAGCCCCGGGACGCAGUGGAGCCCGGCGGGCAGUCCCAGCCCCUGCCGCGGCCGUCCCGGGGACGCAGACGCCAAAGCCCCUUCGGCCAGGGCAAGGACCCGGGUCGGCCUAGCCAGCUCCGACAGCCCCAUGGCCCCGGCCGGCUACUGAGCCCCACCAUGGGCAACACGUACUCAGAGUACCUAAGCCCCAGCAAGGUCAGGGAACACUAUAAUUACACCAAGGAGAAUCUGGACACGAAGCAGACACCCUCCCGCCAGGUGGCCUCAGUGCUCAUCGUCAUCCUCUGCUGCGCCAUCGUGGUGGAGAACCUGCUGGUGCUCCUUGCGGUCGCCCGCAACAGCAAGUUCCACUCGGCCAUGUACCUAUUCCUGGGCAACCUGGCUGCCUCAGACCUGCUGGCAGGUGUGGCCUUCAUAGCCAAUACUUUGCUCUCGGGCUCUGUCACACUGGGGCUGACACCCGUGCAGUGGUUCGCCCGUGAGGGCUCUGCUUUUAUCACGCUCUCCGCCUCCGUCUUCAGCCUCCUGGCCAUCGCCAUUGAGCGGCACGUAGCCAUCGCCAAGGUCAAGCUCUACGGCAGCGACAAGAGCUGCCGUAUGCUGCUGCUCAUCGCGGCCUCGUGGCUCAUCUCGCUGGUUCUCGGCGGCCUCCCCAUCCUUGGCUGGAACUGCCUGGGCCACCUGGGGGCCUGCUCCACCGUCCUGCCGCUCUAUGCCAAGCCCUACGUGCUCUGCGUGGUGACCAUCUUCUGGGUCAUCUUAAUGGCCAUUGUAGCCCUGUACAUCCGCAUCUACUGCGUGGUCCGCUCCAGCCAGGCCGACGUGGCUGGGCCACAGACGCUGGCCCUGCUCAAGACGGUCACCAUCGUGCUGGGCGUCUUCAUCUUCUGCUGGCUGCCUGCCUUUAGCAUCCUCCUCCUGGACUAUGCCUGUCCUGUCCGGGCCUGCCCUGUCCUCUACCAGGCCCACUACUUCUUUGCCUUUGCCACUCUCAACUCGCUGCUCAACCCCAUCAUCUACACGUGGCGCAGCCGGGACCUGCGGCGGGAGGUAUUACGGCCGCUGCAGUGCUGGCGGCGGGCAGCAGGAGGGCAAGGGCGGCGGGAUGGGACCCCGGGCCACCGCCUCCUGCCCCUCCGCAGCUCCAGCUCCCUGGAGAGGGGCACGCACAUGCCCUCGUCGCCCACAUUUCUGGAGGGCAACACGAUGGUCUGAGGGGCAGGCAGGCUGACAACCGGGCCACCAUGGCCGAGGGCUCCGUGGGGAGGUGCCAGGUGCCCUGGGACCGGGACGUGGGGCUGCCAAGCAAGAUGCCCCCAUUCCACAGACGUGGGUGAUGCUGAAGAUGUUUCAGACCUGAGACUGCCGACUGAGGCACUGACCAGUCGGAUGACAGCUAUAGCAGCAUCCUGGAGUCCAGUGCAUUGGCCAACGUGACCUCUUAGGAAAUGGAUCAUGGGGAGGAAUGGUGGGGGGGGCGUGGACCUGGAAGGGGCCCAGGUGACAGCAGGCAGGUGCUUGAGAGGAGCACAGCACAGGAGCAAUUUUCAACCCGGUACAAAGGAUGUUAACAUUUCACAACUGUCUGACCCUCUGCCCUGUGCCUGACUCUCCUCUCUGAAUUUACCGCCCCCUCCCUGUCACCUUCUCCUGGGCACCUCAGAGACUACUUCCCUGCAAACACUGUCCUGAAGGGCUGGACACCUCCUGCCUGACCAUUCUGGGCAGCCCCGGCUAGCAUUUCAAGGGCUCAAAUCCACAGCUUCCCCAAAUUUCACCAGUUGUCACAUUGGCGACUUCUUCCCUUUCUUCUCACUCUGCGAGAUGCCGGGAAACCACAUGGGGGUGGGGAAUUAACCCCCAUCCUCAGACCUCAUUGGCUGGUUGCACCAUUUGGGGCACAGAGGAAUCACCCAGGGCUGCAAAAACCAGUCUGGGGGGGCCUGAGGAGGGCUCUGGGCCUCCCAGUGGGGCAGGGUGGAAUUGGAGAAAGUUCUAGGGGAGCUGUUGGCACAGGGCCCCAGACCCCCAAAAAACAACCACCCCCAAGCUACUCUCACCUCCAGACCCAGCCAAGGUACCAGAUCUCCUAAGGCAGGGCAGCCUUGAGCCCGCUGUGCCUUCUUUCAGGUUGUAUUGAACGGAACAUGGGAGUGGAGGUGCCAAAGACAAUUGUGGGAUGUGCUCCCUUUACCUGCUUUCAGAAGGACUUUGCUAAAUUCUGUGGACAGAUGGAAGGGACAUUGCGGUACAAACUUAUAUUUAUGUGUGUCUGUGCGUGUCUGUGUGUGUGAUGUCUGUGACCCCCUUUCCUCACCGUGUUUCCCCAGAGUGGAUGCUAUUUUGUCUCCUCAUGUCUGUGUUGAAGCUGCCAAAGAGGGGUGUGGUCCCCGCACAGACCCCUUUGCAAUUGCUGGCUUUUCCCCCCGACUUGAGAGCUGGGAUGCAGCUCACCUCGGGGGAAGGAAACCUCAUGCCUCAAAAUGAUUUCUUAUGACUGCAAAGGCUGGGGGAGGGGAUCUUUGGGGGGGCAAGGAGCCAGUUGGGGGCUUGUCUCCCCUUAUACAGCUCCCCGGAUGCCUCUCAUGCCUGAGACCCAGGCUCAGGCCAAU